CCCCAACUGAUCCAACUGAUAGGUAAAUUUAGUAAUUUAUCGAAUUAUCCCAUUAUCGGAACCUUCAACGUUUUUUUGCAAUUACAUAGUUAGAGUGACUCUAUCGUGAACAACCACCUAGGUUAGGUCCUCCCACUUCCAUCAAUUACCUCAACUGUACCAAUCCAGAAUACCCUCGACCGACAACCCAAUUCCUGAAAAGAAAACCGAGAAAAUGCCCGCAACAACUACCCUCUUCCGCGCCGCCCGGCCGGUAUUCCAACAAUCUGCCUCACGCGCCGUCUUUCGUCAUAAUAUCCCUUUGAAGACCGGACGGCGAUUCGCGAGCACUGCUCCCACUGGUGAGGCUGCCACCCAAUCCUGGAUCCAGCGCAUGUGGAACAGCCCUGUCGGUUUCAAGACAGUUCACUUCUGGGCACCGGUAAUGAAGUGGGCAAUCGUAAUAGCAGGCAUCUCCGACUUCGCGCGCCCAGCUGAAAAGCUAUCCCUGACCCAGAACGGUGCUCUGACUGCUACCGGCCUUAUCUGGACUCGCUGGUGCUUUGUUAUCACUCCCAAGAACCACCUUCUCGCCGCCGUCAACUUCUUCCUCGGCUGUGUCGGUCUUACUCAGCUCGGCCGAAUCUUCUUGUAUCGCCGCUCGCAAAAGAACCUCCCCGCUGCAGCAGAGGAGAAGGUUGCUGAGGUAAAGGAAGCUACCAAGCCAUGAAGCAAGGCUGAAUGAAAAAAAUAAAAAUAAAGAGAAGAGGUGUGAUGUGACGUCAAGUUCCUAAGGGAUUCGAAUGGGAUGCUAUUGAUACACAAGGCAUAACGCUUACUCAAUGUCAGUUGGCUGAGUUGGAGUCGAUCGUUCCAUUCAGCCAUUACUGUCGACUACAGCUUGCCGAAACCUAUACAAGCUGUUUUACCUUAAGGGUAGAGGGAUAUAGUUGGUUUCUCUUGUUGAUCAUGGUGGCAUGGCGAAUGUGGGGAGGAGAGGCUUCCUUGUACUUGUACUAGUUAGUACAUUGUCGUUAUUGCAUGAUGCAUUGCUUGAAUUCAACAUAGAGAUCGCCUGCAGCUUUCCUUUGACGAGUGGCUAUGUGAAGGAGUCUUACGUCUUGAAUAUGAACUGUCUACCUAGGUAGUCAUGUGCUUACAAUAGCUAGCCACCACCAUUCAACAACACACCACGCUAGCCAAUAAUUGUAAGAAUAGGGCUCGAUAUAGCUUUACCGAGUCUAGAUCAGGGUGAGCUCUCUUUAGCAUCCGAAACACCAGACCUUUUAUAGAUUCUUUUCAAG